GUAAAGACUGAACCUCAGUCAGCGUUUCUCCCCUCGCAGUCACGUUUUUACCGCUGAUUUUACCGAGAACAGAGAAAACAAACACAUAGAGGAUUUACUUCAACAAAGGCGUCAAAACGCAAGAAAAAUUUAGUGAUGGUCAGCUGUAGGAAACAGAUCAUGUGGCUCCAGCUACGAUCCCCCUCAACCCCGCUCGUCUCUGUGGUUGAACAUCGACCUCAGUGACCCCGUCCUCUGACUGUGAUGGGGAUCCUCUGCCUGCUGUCUCUCUCUGUCGUCCUGCUGAGUGGACUGAGCUUGUGCAAGAGCGGACCAACCCCCAGAAUCUCCUUCAGCCUGGGGAGUCCUGGGAGACUUCUCUCUGGCUUCAGCAGCCCUGACGUCAGUAACACCACCACCCUGCUGCUCAGCCAUGAAGGAGACGUGCUCUACGUGGGCGCCAGGGACGCCGUGUUAGCGCUGGAUGUUAGCAACGAGGACGCUAUCACGUUAAGGAGCAGGCUUGACUGGAGUCCAUCAGAGAAAGAUCUGGAACAAUGCUCCAUGAAAGGAAAGAAGAUGUCCGACUGUCCAAACUUCAUCCGGGUUCUUCAGUUCUUGAACAGCAGCCACAUCUACGCCUGUGGGACAUUCGCCUUCAGCCCACGCUGCACCUACAUCAACUCAGAGACGCUAACAAUGAGCCUGAAACCAGAUGAAGGUCGAGGUCGCUGUCCUUACGAUCCCUACCAACGCAACACCGCCAUUAUUGUAGAUGGUGAACUGUACACAGGGACAGUUGCAGACUACAGAGGAAACAGACCGGUCAUCUCCAGACAUCUGAGUGAGGGCCACCGAGUCGACCUGAAGCUGGAUGACACGUUGGGAUGGCUUGAGGAUCCAACCUUCAUCAGCUCUACCUUCAUCCCCGAUGAGGAGAAGAUUUAUUUCUUCUUCAGCGAGGUGGGCAGAGAAUACGACUUCAUCGACAAGUUCAUCGUCUCCCGAGUCUCUCAGAUCUGCAUGAGCGACGUGGGCGGCCAGCGGACCCUGCAGAGACGGUGGACCACAUUUGCUAAAGCUCAGCUGCUGUGUCAGGCGGACAACGAGCUGCCUUACAACGUCAUCCAGGAUAUCGAUACGCUCCCACCAGUAGAGGGUGCUUCUGCAGAUGACGCGCUCUUCUACGGCAUCUUCACCUCCCAGUGGUCUGUAAACUCAGGACGCUCUGCAGUGUGCUCAUUCCGUCUCAGCGACAUCAAAUCAGUGUUUUCUGGUAACUACAAAGUCCUGAACCGGGACACACUGCAGUGGAGCACACGGGUUCAGGAGAAGGUCGCCAACCCCGGAGAGUGCGGCCUUCACAACGCCUCAGAUAACGCUCUACGUUUUGUCAAAGAGAACUUCCUGGCGGACGAAAGUGUGCGUCCUGUAGGACGGAGUCUGACGAUGGUUUCUGCGGAGCACACCUACAGUCACCUGAGCGUGCAGAGAGUUCGGGCCAUGAACCAGCGAGACUACACCAUCCUCUUCCUGCUCACGGAGUCUGGCUAUCUUCACAAAGCCGUGCUGCUUCAGGGCGGGGCUCAUAUCAUUGAGGAGGUCCAGGUGUUUGAGCAGCCACAGCCCGUCAAGAGUCUCAAGCUUGCCGUUGCACAGGCAGUGAUCUACGUGGGGACGUCGGAGGGCGUGGUCCGGGUUCCUACAGCGAACUGUUCAGUGUACUGGACGUGUCCUCAGUGUGUAUUAGCCAGAGACCCGUUCUGUGGCUGGGAUUCCAACAUCAAAGCAUGUGUGGACGUUUCCAAUGCCAAAACCCCGCUAGUUCAAGAUGUGGACCGAGGGAACGUGGAGGAGGCGUGCAGCAGUGUGUCUCUAACACACAGAGCAAGAUUCAGCCCCAGCAAACUGUCUGCAACCUCAUGUCCUGCCGGCGAACUCGUCUCCGUCUCCCUGAAUGAGGUGGUGCGUCUCCAGUGUCCCCCAUCCUCCCGUCUGUCCCGGCAGCAGUGGGAGCGUCCCAACAGCCGUCUGUCCCCUGACCUGUACCUUCACCUGGAGGAUGGCAGCCUGAGCUUUGUGGCCACGCCCACCACACUUGGCCACUACCUGUGCCUGUCAGAGGAGAACGGCUUCCAGCAAACCGUGGCUAUCUACCACGUCAAACAGAAGAGCAGCAACACACCACCGGCUCCACCAAGCUCCCACCCCGUCACUCAGACCGGGGCUGGGAUGAGGCCAAGAGCGGGGCCCAUACUGCAGGUGUCUGAGGGGCCGCAGAGGACAGAGCCAGGAACAGAAACUGAGCCCACGGCGCCCAGCACGGAUGCCCCCAGCACGCAGACGGACUCAGACCUGCCGCCGUGGACACAGGAAUCUGGACUUAGAGGGACUAAGCUGUGGGGAGAGGGACCUCUGAUGGGAUCCCGGAGCCCCUGUUACCUGAAGGAGCUGGUGGUGGUGUCAGUGUUGCUGCUGCUGAGCCUCAGCCUACUGCUCACCAUGCUGCUCUACACUUUCAGACAGCGCUGCCGCAGCCGCACCAGCCCCCACUCAGCCACGCCCCCCAGAGAUCGCAGGAGCUCCGUGGAGCACGAGGCUCUCCGGGGUCCCAGUAAACGCAACGGGAAGGCUCCACACAGCGGACAGGCGGGGGGGCUGGUCUGUAAUGGGGCUUUAACGGGGUCAAACGGACACUUACCCAACACACCAAUUUGACAUUGGACUAACCAACAACUGCAUCAACCACGGAUGUAGCGAAACGCUGCAUUUACAGGAAAUGAUCCACUUUUCAUUUUCUUUAAAGCUCCACGUUUAGUUGACAACUUUUAGUGUCGACAAGGGCACACAGAUCCACAAAGGAGUAUGCAUGCCAGGCCGGAGGUUGUCUGUUUGAGUUUCUCACUGUGUCCUAAUGGCGUGCAACACAAACACAACGUCUUCUCUUAGGAUGUCCUACUGGCCAGUCAGAGCUGCAGUCUGUCACCCUGUUAUUGUUUUACUUCUCUGUCGCUAAGGGCACACAAGCGUCAGAAAUUGCUGCACAAUGGGCAGCAUCUGACACUCAUCGUCUACACUUCAUCAGUUAAAUAUUUAUGGCUCUGCUCUGUAAAUUUCACUCCCCCCUUGUAAAAUAAGACAUCUAGUGCUUUUAUUCUGAAGGGGGAGAAAAGGAUGUCUGGUACUUUGUAUUAACGACUGCUUAACAGCGGUGAGCUGAGUAGUCUUUUUUGUCAUUAUCAUGAGUCCAAGUAACAUUUCAACACCAACAUGAAUUUGAUAAAUGCUGCUUUAUCUCUACUUUAUGAAAAAAGCUUUCAUGCACUGUGAGGGAGACAAGGAAUAGAAAAUCAAGACAAUGUUCCUGUAAAACUUCUGGUAGCACACCCUAGAUCAACAUCCAUGUCUUGUAUGAUGGCCCUGAAGGUAAAAUGCUAAAUUAUGUUCCCCAAACAUGUAAAUAUUAAAUGAAGGAAGGGGGAUUUUGUGAAAUAUAAAAACAAUUUGUGACACAGGCAAAAUUCAUCAAGCAGUUGGUUUUAUUAAUUUAAGAAAAGUACUAUUUGGACCUCAUACAGUGCAAACAUGACAACUUAAAGUGGCAGAGCAAAACUAGUUUUUAGUGUUUCAUUGACUUAUGGGAGCAAUUUUAUUUUCAGGAAAACACUGGCUACCCAGUGAAAAGAGCUCUGCUGCCCACUUUUGGGUCCCAACCCACUAGUUGAGAAACACUGCAUUAAUCAUCAAAACAUUUAGUGAAACACAUUUUUUUUUGUGCCAAACAAGCAAAAACUCCUUCAUGAAGGAAAAAAAAAUUGUGA